CAGUUGAUUGGCUGAAAGGUAGACGUUGGUAGAGCCGUUGAUAUGAGUGAUAGUAAGCUGACGAAUUAACUUCUCACUUUGGCUUAUGAAUAUUAAUUACGUUUCUUGACCUCGCGAUUGAGGAAGGUUGGCAAGAAGCGUCGGUUUGACCUUAUAAAUAUUCAUGGCCUAAAGCUUUGCCAUAGUAGAUUUCAGUCGGAGGCAGCAUCUCGGCAAAGACUGGUUCAGAUAUCCGCAGUACCAUCAACCAUAGCUUCCCGUAGCCUAAAAUGCGGAAGGACACUUAACAUCAGACCUCGACUGAAACAUAUUCAAAGGAUUUACAGACCGUUUUAUGGAAGCCGAGGCUGCUGUGGUAAUGCUGCCUCCCAAGAACUGCAUCCCCAGAAACUACAGUUGUAUCGCCGGGCUGUUCGGAAGCUUGACAGCAUCAGAGCAAAACCUGGAGGACGGAGAAGAAGAGAUGGAGGGAGAGGAAAGCAAGAAUGGAGACUGCGAAUCGUUAGAAACAAGCGUAGUGAAUGAAAAACCGAGAGGAAGGGAGUCAUUCACGAAGCCCCCGUGUAGCCCGACCCUGCGCCGCAGGUGCAAGUCUCUCCCCACAUCGGCUGAAAGAGCCAAAUUAGAGAUCGCACGAACCCAGAGCCCAAGCAAUCAAAAAAGGGUACGUUUCGCUGACUCUCUGGGCCUGGACCUGAUUUCUAUCAAACACUUUGAUGACAGGGUUAUGCCUGAGGUACCAGACCGCAUUAUUGACAAAUUCAAGAAAGCCAGAGCGCUCCACUUAAACAAUUUCGACAAGUCCAACACAUCAAGCCAGUCCGUGUUUAUGGAGCUGCUCUUCACAAAUCCAGGAUCCCUACCGGACUUCAUUGACAGAGUUAUAGCAGCGAAGGUUUUACUGGAGUUUGUACAGGCUGAUGAGUGCAGCCUCUCGGGGACCGCGCGGGUUCUUAACUUGGCUUUCGAAAAAAGGGUCUAUCUGAGGUACACCUUAAAUAACUGGACGACAUUCAUGGAUAUACUUGCGUCUUACGUCCCCCAUUCCAGCGACGGUCAGACUGACAAGUUUAGCUUCAAAAUCAUCACUCCGACCUUUCUGGAGUUUGGCGGAACACUGCAGUUUGCCAUCAAGUACUGUGUCGAGGGAGGUGAAUUUUGGGACAACAACAAUGGGAAUAAUUACAGAGUAAGGCGACACAGAUUUAAAAUUUCUCCUCCAAGGGAAUGGGAGAACGGAUGGAUCCAUUUUAUUUAGUGCGCGCAUCAGCCGCUCUGCUACGACGAAGCUUGCUCAUGAAUAUUAAUUACGUGACUUCCAUUAACGGAUUGGCUAAGUAAUAAUCAUUAGUCAAGGUUUCGCCAUAGUAGGAUUAGUAAUCUCUCCAGCAGUGUACCAUGAAGGAACUACUGACCUUCCAUGAAAAACGUAUGUAGCAUACCACAUAUUCGUAAAUGUAACACCGUUGUCUGUGUUUUUGUCAUUGCGUAACCAAUGGUAGAGAAUAGGAAAUUAAAUUGACGUCACAACCACUAAUUGAUAAAUAUAACAUUAGGCAUAUUGUUCUCUGUCUUUGAUUGUUUAGCUGCUGUACAUGGGAGACAAGACCCUGUCCUGCAUUCAUUAAAAUGAACAGCACCAUUUUAAUGAAGCCAGUUUACAUUUAGUUUUAAUGCAUGUGCUGUAAUAGGAUAUUGUGUAAUAAUUACAUAAUCCACGGUGAGCCUGUUACUCUUCGGUUGUGCAUCAGCGUCACUGUGCUUGUUUUACGUAAGAUUGUAGCUAAGGGUUUCGGCUAACAUUACCUCUGAGGAAGAUUUUGAUACAAUAAUAAAUCAAACCUUUUAGAAGAGGAUAUACCUUUUAUCCAUGAAAAAUUGUGACCAUUUCUGCUCUGCCUGCUGCAUGCAGGCCUUGAAAUAACUGCCUCUUGAGGACAGGGGAAUAAUCAGGGGAAUAAGGAUGACCUGCGCAGCUGUUACAGAGACAGAGCAAAAAUGAAUUAGCUGAGACGGCAAGGUGUCUUGCUUUAGCAAUCCAUGUGCAGCAAGUAAAUAUUGCAUACAUUUUCAUGUAGGCUGUUGACUAUUUUGUGUUUUACUUUUAAAUU